AUGCCUCAAAUCGCCGACCUGCUGCUCUCCAAAGUGGGAGCAGUCUGCUUACUCGCCGUCGCUUUCUUGUAUCUUCUCAUAACCACCGUCAUCAGCUACCGCCGUCUCAGCCAUAUUCCUGGCCCACGCUUCGCAGCCUUCUCAAAACUAUGGUUCAUAUGGCUCACAGCUCAGGGAGAUCAAUACAAGACAACAACGAAGCUCCUGCACAAAUAUGGCUCUCCCGUUCGGAUCGCGCCGAACAUGGUAAUCCAGGAUGACCCAGAUUUUUAUCGGCUGUACAACACUCCGCGAUCGAACAUCGGCCGCGGUCAUUGGUACGCGGGGAUGAAGUUCGACCCUCGCCUCGAUAACGUCCUCUCCGAGAAGGAUGAGAAGCGUCAUGCGCAACUUCGCGCCAAGAUGAUGGCAGGGUACUCUGGCAAAGACGUACCUGACCGAGAAGCCAACAUCGAUGCCCGUAUCAUGGACCUGGUAGGCCUCGUCAGAUCGUAUAUCGCGCGGUCCGCCCCGAUCGACAUGGCCGAGAAGCUCCAGUUCUUCACGCUUGACACGCUGACCGACAUCGCAUUUGGCGGACCCUUCGGCUUUAUCACCAACGACAAGGACAUGUACGAUUACAGCGCCACUUCUGCUGCCUUCUACCCUCUCAUGGAGUUAGGGACAGUCUCGAGACUGGUCCACUCUCUGCUGAACUCCCGCCUUAUGCAAUACCUUGCUGGUCCCAAAGCUGGCGACAAGACCGGUCUCGGUGCGAUCAUUACCAUCGCGGCUCAGCGUGCUGCCGAGCGCUUUGCCAAUCCUUCGAUCAAGAAGCAAGACAUGCUCAAUUCCUUCAUCGCCCACGGUCUGACGCAGCUGGAGUGUGAAUCCGAGUCGACCGUUCUCAUUCUCGCUGGAUCAGACUCUACUGCCACGACUAUGAGGGCAACCUUGAUCAAUCUGCUUACCAAUCCGCCAGUCUACGCCAAGCUCCUGUCAGAGAUUACCGCAGGUAUCGAAGCAGGAAAGAUCUCCUCCCCUGUCAUCACGAACGCCGAAGCCAUUACCCUCCCAUACUUGCAAGCCGUCAUCCGUGAGGGCCUGCGCAUUCAAUCCCCACUCAACGGCAUCGCCAAUCGCGAACUGCCACCAGAAGGUCUGAAGAUCAACGGCACGUUCGUUCCUGGAGGCACGGAGGUCGCACUUCAAGCGCACUCCAUGAUGACGAAUCCGCGCUACUUCGGCCCAACGUCUUACGAAUUUAUCCCUGAGCGAUGGCUCACUCCAGAGGAGGGUGGCUUCAGCGAUGCAGAGUCGAUCAAGCGAAUGGACAAGGUACUGGAAUUGAGCUUCAGCAGUGGACGAAGUUCGUGCCUCGGGAAGGGUAUUGCGUUGAUGGAGCUCAACAAGUUGUUCGUGGAGUUGCUCAGGCGAUUUGAUUUGAGCUUGGUCAACGCGAAGAAGCCCAUCGAAGUAAGCUAUUGCAGCCAGUUGUUCAUCGAGAGGGGCAUGUGGGUGCGAGCGGUGGAGCGGGAGGUUAAAUGA